CGAGCAACGGAAUUAUUUUUGUACAGCAAGCAAUCCACAAGCAGAGCGUUUAUUCUUUUUCUUUUGAGAAAAGAUUUUUCUAAUUUUUAUUUUGUUUUCUGUCUUUUUUAAUUGUCUAAUUAAUUUUAAAAACAAAUAAUAACAAAAAUGAAUGAUCAAGAAUCAAAAACACCAAAGCGCAGUAGAAGAAAUUCAUUGAAAGAUUCACAAAAGUCUCCUGAAAAUGUAAUUAUUCCGGUUCUAAAAACACCAAGACGCACCAGAAGAACAUCUGUCCAAGAAUCACAAUUGGAAUUGCCUAAAAUUGAAGAAUCCAAUGGUGUUUUAACAGUAAGUAAAAUGGAUCCAAUAACACCUGGUAAAUCUACUCGAACGCUUGACCUUCGAACUCCAAGUCGUUCUGAGAAUCUUGCUGCAGUUCAAACACCUCGCCGCAGUUGUCGCAAAUCAAUAAAACCAAUUCAAGAAUACGAGAAUAUAGUUGCACAAAAAGGUCUUAGCGUUAAAGGCAAACGCCUUUUGAACGAACAAAUUACAAGUGAAGAAGCCGAUGAAGCAGCUUCUUCGACAGCUGCAGUUGAAUUGAGAGAAAAUAAAUGGACUGCAGCUGAUAUUGGUCGUGUAUCGACAAAGAGAAGUAAGAAAAAACGCAAUAAGGCCAAAGAAUUGAAGCGUCAGAAAAAAAUUGUCCAAGAAAAUGAAGAUGAACAACUUUCAGUUGAGCCAAGUGAUGAUUUGGUUGAAACAACUGAGAAAGUUACAAAUAAAAAAGAAACUAUAGACCAAAAUUAUGAUGAAGAGAAAAACAAAGAAGAAGCAACUAAUGUUGAGGAAAAUUUGAACCAAAAUGAUGAAUUGGAGGAAAAUAAGGAAAAUGAUAUUGUUCCUGAGAAAUCAUCUGAAAUUGUCAAUGAGAAUGAAACUGAAAUUGAUGAACAUUCGGAUCGUCGUGAUGAGUUAGAAGAGAAAAACGAAGAUGAAGUUAGUCUUAUUGAAUCCCCUAAAGUUGAUGAACCUACUGACAAAGAGGAAGAGGAUACAGAAACUAAGAGUUUAUCAACCGAAGUCAUUCCGCCUCCUGUAUUACAAAGUGAAGAAGAUAACGCCGUUGAAUCUGAUGAUUCAAUGGAUGAAGGAGACAUUAUUCUAAAUGGAAUGCCAGUAACUGGAGAUGAUUGCAUGCAAGAUGAAGAGGACGUAAUUCGAAAGGAAACCACAUCAACAGCGGCAGAUGAUUGUAUCCAAAGUCCCGAGAAACUUCUUCAACAAGAUCAAAGAUGUUCUUUACUAGUUACUCCUGCUGCCGACCCAGGAAACAAAUCCGAUGAUAGCGAUUGUAUCAUGUUAUCUUUGAAUGAUGAUAGUUCUAGGCGUAAUUCUUCUCGCAGACCAUCGUCUGUUGUUGGUCAAUCAAAAUUUGAAGCUAAUGAGUCUUCUGAUUCAGCAGGAAUUAAUAUGCCACCUCUGAUAGUGUGCUCCGACGACGAAGAUGAUGAUGAAGAGUUUGUCGAUGCUCUUAAAAGUCAAGAAGGCGGACAAAAUGAAGCACUUUUAGACGAUAAAGAGAUUGAGACCCUGGAUGGAACUUUUGUCACUAAAGACAAUGAAGAAGAAAAAUGCAAUGACAUUGAAGUGUAUCCUGUUGAGGAUGAAGAAUUAAUUGAUAAUGUUAUAGCUCCUGAAGAAGAAAACAACAUUGAUAUUGUAAUGGGUCCUGAAGAAAUCAGGAAAAUAGUUCUUGGAAUUGAACAAGACCCUAUUGAUAUCACUACCCCACCUAUUCAGAAGGAUGAACAAAUGUCCCCCUUAAAUGAAACAUUUGACGCUGAUGAUUUGACAAAAACUGUUGCAGGAGAAGUUGCUACCCCAAAAGGUCUGACCGCCCGAUCGUCUGUAACUCGGCAUUUAACACCAUUCAAGACAAAUACAAACAUUUUGCCAGAUAUAAUAAUUGAACCCGAAGAAGAAUUGGAAGAACCUAUUAAAAUAAUAAUUGAAUCAAGGCAAAAUAAACUAAAAAGUAGUCGCAAGAGAUCAUUUUCUUUCUGUGUGGAUAGACCCAAGAAGAAUGUUACCUUCCACAGUCCCUCAAACGUAACAAUGAACAUUUACGAUGGUGAUUUGAUAAAAAGUGUUGCUAAAAAAACUCCUACAAAUAUAACAAAACGUCGUAAGCGAUCACUUUCCGUUACUGAAACAGACCGCGAUUUAAUGGAUUACAUACAACGAAAAAAACCAGCUCAAAAUAUAGCUACAACACCGCAAAAGAAAAAAUCACCCCACACAUCAAAAAUUAAAAUGCCUAACUUUUCGAAUAUACAUCAAAAACAAUUCCAACGCAUGGAGUCUAUAACUGAUCAUGUUGCUCGAAGAGCUGAGCGUGCUAAAAUUUUGAUUAAUUCAAGUACUAAAAUAAAGCCAGCUUCAGUUCAAAAAGGACUUCCUGUCAAAAACUCUGUUUUACGGGAACAAAAUAAAGAUGGUAAUAAAACACAGAUCCCCAAGCCGAAAGCACGUCAGAGGAUUGACAUGUCUGGCGGCCUAGAAAACAAAGCCAACAUCAAAACUCGAUCAAAACCAAAGCAAGACCUUGGACUCUUAGAUGAUUUGCCAUUACUGGGCAAGACCCCAACGAAACCAAGUGCUAAUAGCACUGUUUUAUUCAAACAAAAUAAUAUCAAUAAGCCUCCCAAUCCUAAGUUCAACUUUAACUUCAAUUCAACAGCUUUGCCUUCGUGUGGAAAUGCAACAGUCGCAUCUGCGGCUCCGCGAGUUCAUUUGCCCAAUCCAAGGGAUUUUAAUCUAAGUACCCAAAUAACCUAUCCAACAACCACCAGUCACGCACCAAAAGUAGAAAAGGUUGAAGAUCGUCGCAAAAGAAUGAUGGAGAUGUUCAAAUCGAAGACCACUCACAGGGUUGUUGAAAAUAAAAAAGAAAUUUUGAAAGGAGUUCGAACAAAUCGAAGAUUUGAACUUCAAAUGAUGUGCCGAAAUCGUCAAAAUUAAAAAAAAAAAAAAACAAAAAACAUCAAAUACUUAUAUGUUUUCGCAGUGACGAAUUGUUUAUUGUUUUAUGUUAAAUUUAUUUAACACCCAGUGCUGGAGGUCCAUAAUAUAAUUAAUCAUUUUUAUUAUUAAUUAAUAAUUAUUUUAUUUCAAAUGAAAGUGGGAAUUUAACUUGCAUUUUAUUUUAUUUUUUUGUUUACUUUUUGUUUAUUUUUUAACAUGUAUAAUAUUCCACAAUAAAUAGUUUUUAAAUAUAUAUAUAUUUUUUUGCAACUUAAAAUAAAAAUUGAUUUCCACUUUUCAAA